UUGGAUCAUUUUCAAAUUCUCCGGGCGAUUGGUAAGGGAAGCUUUGGCAAGGUUUGCAUUGUCCAGAAGAAAGACACCGAAACAAUGUAUGCCAUGAAGUACAUGAAUAAGCAGCAAUGCAUUGAGCGGGAUGAGGUUCGUAAUGUAUUCAGAGAGUUGGAAAUCCUCCAGGAGAUAGAGCAUAUAUUUUUAGUGAAUCUUUGGUAUUCUUUCCAAGAUGAAGAGGACAUGUUUAUGGUUGUGGACUUACUCCUGGGGGGAGACCUUCGAUAUCAUCUACAGCAGAAUGUCCAGUUCACAGAAGAGACUGUCAAGUUGUACAUCUGUGAAAUGGCCCUGGCAUUAGAUUACCUAAGAAGUCAACAUAUAAUCCAUCGAGACGUGAAGCCGGACAACAUCCUGCUCGAUGAACAAGGUCACGCUCAUCUCACAGACUUCAAUGUAGCAACAAUCAUUAAAGACGGCGAAAGAGCCACUGCUCUGGCUGGAACCAAGCCAUACAUGGCCCCAGAGAUUUUUCAGUCAUUUCUCAAUGGUGGAACUGGCUACUCAUUUGAGGUUGAUUGGUGGUCACUAGGGAUAAUGUCCUUCGAGCUACUCAGGGGUUGGAGGCCGUAUGACAUCCAUUCAAGUAAUCCAGUAGAGACCCUUGUCCAGUUAUUUAGUACAAUUACCGUCCAGUACUCAUCCGCCUGGUCAAAAGAUGUGAUUGCACUUCUGCGGAAGCUAUUGACAGUGAACCCAGAACAUCGCUGCUCCUGCCUCCUGGAUAUUCAGACGUCAGCCUAUCUAUCAGAUAUUGUCUGGGAAGACGUGCUGGAGAAGAAAGUGGAGCCAGGUUUUGUUCCAAAUAAAGGCCGGUUACAUUGUGAUCCUACAUUUGAGCUUGAAGAGAUGAUCUUAGAAUCAAGACCACUUCAUAAAAAGAAGAAGCGGCUGGCCAAAAACAAGUCCAGGGAUAACAGUAAAGACAGCUCCCAGUCAGAUGAUUUCCUGCAGGAGUGUCUAGAUGCAAUUCAACAAGAUUUUGUCAUUUUCAACCGUGAAAAGCCGAAGAAGACUCCAGAAAUGGGAGCUCGGCUGGGCCAGGAGUCAACAGAGGAGGCAGAGGCACCACUUGAGGCGGAGGCAGAGAAUGAAGCAGAAAAUUCCACCCUCAGCAUGUGCGUCUCUGUCUGUUCUUCUACGGGCAGCAUCAACUAAUUAUCCGGCUCCUGGGAACAUGAUCCUGAAGCUUCAGAGGUCAUGGAUGUCAUUCUCAGGUUGCAUAAAUGAAGACUUAAUGAAACGGAAAUCCACUGAGCAGUGAAACAUUGCUGCGCAAAACUAUCAAAAUACAAGGUGCACUUAGCUAUUCUAAUCCGAUUCCUCGAUACGUCAGGCGUGAUUUUUACAGGGAUCUCAUAGGAACACGAGAGGGUGGAGGUUCUCGGAAACUCAGAUCCGGUUACAUUAUAACUGAAGAGGCCUUUUUGCUACAUCAAGCAGUUAACGCCAGAUGUUUGUGCUUUUUCUAUCUUGUAAGAGAGAAUGUGUCGGUGUAAUAUGACAUCCAACCAAGAAUUGCACCGGGCUAGGCCUGGCCAGGAAUCACACGGAGGCAGUUAUUAGCUGGUGCAACCGUUCAGGAAGGACUACACAUGAGUCAGCAGGAUCGCCUGAUAAACAUGGCUGCCAGUCACAGUUUUGCUCGGUAAAGCAUGGCAAAAGAAAUGACAGCCGCCAUCCGGAGGUUUGCAUCGAGCUAUUUCUUUAAGGAUAAAUUUAUACAAGCAGACGACGUACCCUCCACCCAAAUCUAAGAUCCCUUCUGGAGGCGAUGAUGUAUAGACAUUGUUUCAUAAAUUUCAUCCAUUCGUCCCUAACAACGUUUUUCUUUUUCUUGGCUUGUAUAUUCUGGGGGGAGACGUUAUUGAACUAAAUGACAUUUUUAAUUAAAAUAUUGAAUAAAGCAUCAGAAAUUGUA